AAUUUUCUCAUGGGAGGAGUGUCUGCUGCAGUUUCCAAGACUGCAGUAGCGCCGCUUGAGCGCGCAAAGCUUCUACUCCAAAACCAAGAUGAGAUGAUCAAGGCUGGCAGGCUCUCCGAACCCUACAAAGGCAUCGGAGACUGCUUUGCCAGAUCGAUCCGAGACGAAGGGAUCACUUCACUAUGGAGAGGGAACACUGUCAAUGUUAUCCGUUACUUCCCAACACAGGCCUUGAACUUUGCAUUUAAAGACUACUUUAAGGUACUAUUCAACUUCAAUAAGGACAGAGAUGGGUACUGGAAGUGGUUUGGAGGUAACUUGUUAUCUGGCAGCGCUGCUGGAGCUUCGUCGUCAGUGUUUGUUUAUUCGCUGGAUUAUGCUAGAACUCGGCUUACCAAUGAUGCCAAGGCUGGUGGACAGAGGCAGUUCAAUGGUUUGGUGGAUGUUUACAGGAAGACCAUUAAAUCUGAUGGCAUUGCUGGCCUCUACCGUGGCUUCAACAUUUCUCUUGCCGGAAUCAUUGUCUACCGGGGUUUGUACUUUGGAAUCUAUGAUUCUGUUAAGCCUGUAAUCUUGGUAGGAUCAUUGCAGGAUAGUUUCAUGGCAAGUUUUGCUCUGGGAUGGGUUGUUACAAAUGCUGCAGCAUUUGCCUCCUAUCCAAUAGACACUGUCCGUAGAAGGAUGAUGAUGACAUCAGGAGAAGCCAUCAAGUAUAAGAGCUCCAUAGAUGCAUUCUCCCAAAUUCUGAAGAAGGAAGGUUCAAAAUCACUCUUCAAAGGUGCCGGUGCUAACAUCCUUCGCGCCAUGGCUAGCGCCGGCGUCCUUGCCGGCUAUGACAAACUUCAGAUUCUUCUCCUGGGAAAGAAGUAUAGUUCUGGAGGCUCUUAGAAUUCAUUAUUGUUCUCUACAACAAAAGAUGGUGACGAAAAUUAAGUAAAACAACCAAUUACUCAAUUCUUAUUAGAAUUUGUUUGUGUCAACUUUUAGUAAGUCAUUUUGCUUGGCAUUGGUUUAAAUAACCAAUUAUUUCUUAAAUGGAAUACAAUUUUCAUUACGGAUCAAUAUAUAUAUUGUUAGGUAAAUUAUAUGGUAAAGAUGUAAGUUUACAAUUU